AUGGAGCCCACUGGCGCGAAGCGAAAGCGACAGACGUACGAGCCACCCACCGAGCUGGGUCGGUACCUCCACCAUCCCGUCCAAAAGGAGUACGUGGGCUACCCUGACGGAAGCAUCUGGUCGAAGAAGAGUGGCGCUUUCAUUCAGGGGAGCUUGAACGGCGAAUACGUGCUGAUAAAUCUUGGGGACAAAAACGUUUACAGGCAUAGAUUCAUCUUCGAGAUCGCCAAUCAACGAGUUAUUCAACCCCUAAUGCACGUCGACCAUAUCAACGCAGACAAGACUGACAACUCUUGGACCAACCUUCAGGAAUUGACGAGCCAGGCACACGCGAUGAAAACAUCUGCGGAUAAUCCCAAGCGUGGUGCGAAGUGUGGAGUGACUUUGGGCCAAAAACUUGUCGCCACACACAUUGGCACUGGAGAAAAACUAAGUUUCAAUUCCCAAUGGCAUGCAGCGAGGGAGCUGGGUCUUCACCAAAGCAACAUCGGCAAACAACUGCGAGGCAAGUUGAAACGAGUGGGGCAGUAUACUUUCGAGGUGGCUUCUGCAUACAUGGAUCAGCAGCGGGACCUUCCGGGGGAGCAGUGGGAGGACGUGCCGAAGGACCUCGCAGUCGAGUACGGCUUCCAGCCCGGCAUCAUGAAGGGGAUCCGCAUAAGCAAUCUCGGACGCAUUCAAGACAAGAUGGGGAGACGCACCUUUGGAUUGGAGGUACCCUCGAAAUUCCCUGGCGACUGCUACAUGAGCACCUUCGUUGGGUCGUCGGUGCAAGGUCAGGGUAUCAUCAGCUGCAACAUCGCGAGCGGCGAGAAGAAGAGAUUUGCUUCUCAGUCUCAGGCAGCAAAGGAGUUGGGGUUAUUUCAGAGCAAUAUCUCCCUGUGCUUGAAAGGGAAACUCGCAAGUACAGAAGGGUAUACUUUUGAGAAGGAUGCAGAUUAUGAAAAUGACCAGGCAGACCUGCCUGGAGAGGAGUGGAGGAAGAUACCGGAAGACGUAGGGAUAGCUCAGGGCUUCUCGUCCAAGAUGCUGGCCGGCAUGCAAUUCAGCAGCGCGGGGCGGGUGCGAGACAAGCGCGGGCGCAGGACCUUCGGCACCGACCUGGGUUCGCACAAGGUGGUGAAGGUGGCCGACGGGCCCCUGAGCAAGAAAGCACGCGUCCACGUCCUCUGCACACUAGCAUUCCACGGCCCUCCCCCCGGCAAGGAUCACAUAGUCCAGCACAUCAACGGCGAGAACAGCGACAAUAGCCGGGAGAACCUGACCUGGGUCCACAAGACUGCACCAAGCGAUAGGCGUGGGACGGUCAAGGCGGUGCAGAAGAUAGAUCGUGAGAGCGGGGCCGUCCUGGCGACCUAUCAGAGCAUCAUGGAGGCAGCAGAAGCGAAUAAUAUAGCCCACAGGAAUCAGAUUUCGGACGUCAUUGCAGGCAGGAAGGCCACAGCAGGUGGCUACGGCUGGCAGUUUGCAGAUUGA